UCAUUGCUAGUUGUCAAAGAAGAGUUCCAUUAACAUACAAGGCUGCAAGUAUGACAACACUUUCUUGCUUCAAACUAAGAAUAUGUUUGUCGUUUUGUCUUGUAGGGUUAACACUAGCACAGUUACAACCUAGUACCUUCUAUGACAAUCGGUGUCCUAAAGCCCUUGUUACCAUCAAAGCAGCAGUCAAUCUUGCUGUCUUGAAGGAGCGUAGAAUGGGUGCAUCCUUGCUCCGUCUUCAUUUCCAUGACUGCUUUGUUAGAGGAUGUGAUGCUUCAGUGUUGCUAGAUGACACAGCAAAUUUCACUGGUGAGCGAUCUGCUUUACCGAAUAGAAACUCUCUGAGGGGUUUCAAUGUUAUAGCGAGCAUUAAAUCCACACUUGAGUAUAUUUGUCCCGGAGUUGUUUCUUGUGCUGACAUUCUCGCCGUUGCUGCAAGAGAUUCAGUUGUUGCCUUGGGUGGAACUUGGUGGGACGUGAACUUGGGGAGAAGAGACUCAAGAACUGCAAGUCUAAUAGAUGCUAAUAACGACUUACCUGCUCCUUUUUUGGACCUUGAUAACAUUAUCACUGCUUUUAGUAACAAGGGUUUCACAGCUCAAGAGAUGGUUGCCUUAUCAGGUGCUCACACAAUAGGGAAAGCACGUUGUACAAAUUUCAGAUCAAGGAUUUACAACGAAACCAACAUAGAUCCCUCUUUUGCGAAAUCCAUGCAAGAAAUUUGUCCAAUUUCAGGUGGUGGCAACAACUUAGCGUCUUUGGAUGUUAGCACCACAAUUGAUCAAUUUGACAACAGAUAUUUCACAGAUUUAGUGAAUAAAAAGGGUCUUUUGCAUUCGGACCAAGUACUCUUUAAUAACGGUUCCACAGAUUCACAAGUUCAAAAUUAUGUGAACAAUCCAAGUCUCUUCCAAACUGAUUUUGCUAAGGCAAUGAUUAAGAUGGGACAACUUAGCCCACUAACCUCACCUAAUGGUGAGAUUAGAAAGCAAUGUAAUAGAGUCAAUUGA